AUGGGCGAACGGCCCUAUAAAUGCUCGGUACCGGAAUGUGGCCGCGCUUUCAUCCAACUAUCAAACCUUCAGCAACACAUGAGAAGCCAUUGCUCUCUCGACAAAGUGGCCAAAAAUAACGAGAAAAAGUAUGUCUGCAAUCAUUGUGGCAAAGGAUUCAAAGGACAGAGCAGUUUAGCCACACAUCAGUCGAAGAAGCACUCAAAUCUGGUGGCAGAAGGUGUGGGUUCGUGUCCGGUAUGUCAUCUCAUUCUUCCGAGUAAUGAAGAGAUUUCUCUUCACAUUAAGAAAGAACACAACGGUUUCAUCGAAUCUCAAAGAUUCUCGAGAGAAAAUCGGAUGAUAUCUCCGUAUACGUGUCCCAUAUGUGCGAAGUCCUAUCUCAAUGAAGGUUCUUAUCGGCGCCAUUUGGAGAGCCAUCCGGAAGCGCUGUCUUCGCCCACCUCAUCGUCAUCGUCAUCCUCUUCGAUCCCUUUAUGGCCGUGCAGUGUCUGCACCAGUGUUUUCACUUCAGAAAUCGGUUUGUUGACACACAUGGAACAGAUGAGAACCGAUGCUAAACAUCAAUUCGAAGCUCAGAUAAUCCUGAGUUGCGCGGCGGCCGAGAAGAGACACAGGGAUGCGAUCGCAUCGUUGAACAACUCAUUCGUGACGAACGCCUCGCAGAACAAUAACUCGUCGACAACUUUGUCCACUUCCAUGGGAUCGAAUUUGGGUAAGAAUGGUCUCCGGGUUCCUAACGUUGGGUUCAGCGCUUGGAAUGGUUUCGGGAAUAGAAUUAAUGAACAGAUGGCCGAAGAGUUGUUGACUUUGGCGUAUGAAAACGGUAUCAACUAUUUUGAUACCGGAGACGGAUAUGCGAACGGAAAGUGUGAACUCCUUUUGGGCAAUAUUCUCAAGAAGAAGAACUGGAAGCGAAGCUCAUAUAUAGUGUCGACCAAAUUAUUCUGGUAUAACGGACCCACCGCUCACAACAGCGGCGGUCUGUCCCGCAAAUUCAUUAUAGAGGCCGUCGAGGCUUCUCUCAAGCGAUUACAACUCAAAUAUAUUGAUAUUUUGAUUAUUAAUAAAUUGGACGGGACGUCUCGUUUCGCACCGAUGCAUAUCUCAGAAGCGUUUUCGAUAUCGCGUCAGUUCAACUGUCCGGCGCCCGUCUGCGAGCAAAUGGAGUACCAUAUGUUCAGUCGCGACAAAAUGGAGCUCUUUAUGCCUGAGUUGUUCCAUAAGAUCGGCACCGGAUGUAUAGUCUGGUCGCCGAUGUCUCUCAACUAUGACGAAGGCAUACAACUUAUCACAAGGAAAACCGUUUCAUACGAUGAAAAGGUGGCACAAAAUGCCAAACACUUGGAACUAUCGAUAAUCGCCGACAAACUUGGCUGCGAUCAGACACAGCUUACCAUCGCCUGGUCUCUGAGGAACGAACACGUCAACAGUGUCCUCAUCGCACCCACAACUGUGGAUCAACUCUACCAACAACUGCACGCACUUAAGAUUGUGCCCAAACUCACCGCCAAUCUUAUCGACGAAAUUGAGAAAAUUCUUGAAAAUAAGCCGUCUUUCAGACGAUUACAACACAACACAUCGGUUCCGGGCAUUCAAUGCGAAGACGUGCCACAAACUGAUGAUACAAAUAAUGAGUCAAACAUAUGAUCGCAUUUAAUGAUUCGCAAUACAAUACAG